GAAAAACGAAAGCCCUUUAAUUUUGGAUGUUGAGGAGAUGUUGAGUUGAAGGGCGAAAGGGACGAGAGGACGAAGAGGAAGAUCAGUGAUCUUUGAUGUGGGAGAAGAAAGCAGUGAGCACUAGAAGAAACUUUUUAACUGAUGUGAUGAUUGCAUGAGAUUCCUCUUCUAAUCUUCUCAACACUAAAGGAUUGGCUAUUUACAAUGGAUGACCUUCCAGAUAAUUUGGAAUCAACCUACGAUAGAAUUCCAGUCAAGAUGGAACCUGUUAGCCGGGAAGGGAUAUCUGUGGCACAUGGAGCUCAAAAGGGCAAAGUUAUUGGUGUUUUUACAAGUGGAGGCGAUUCCCAAGGUAUGAAUGCUGCUGUCAGAGCAGUUGUAAGAAUGGGAUUGUAUCUUGGCUGCCGAGUGUAUUUCAUUAAAGAAGGCUACCAAGGUAUGGUGGAUGGUGGUGAUCAUAUUAUAGAAGCUACAUGGGCCAGUGUUUCAAGUAUUAUUCAUAAAGGUGGAACUGUUAUUGGCAGUGCAAGAUGUUCAGAUUUCAGGGAACGAGAAGGGCGAUUAAAAGCUGCUCUUAAUCUUGUACGAAAUGGUAUUACUAAUUUAGUUGUGAUUGGUGGAGAUGGCAGUUUAACUGGAGCAAACCAGUUUCGACAGGACUGGUCUACUCUGCUAGAUGAUCUAGUCACGAGUGGGCAAAUAACUGGAGAAAUGAAAAAGCAGUGUAAUUCACUAAAUAUUGUUGGAAUGGUUGGCUCUAUUGAUAAUGAUUUCUGUGGUACUGAUAUGACAAUCGGCACUGAUUCUGCUCUUCACCGAAUUAUUGAAGCUAUAGAUGCAAUUGUUACCACUGCAUCAAGUCAUCAGCGAACAUUUAUUCUGGAAGUAAUGGGGAGACAUUGCGGCUAUUUAGCUCUUGUUGGUGCUCUGGCAAGUGAAGCAGAUUUUGUUUUCAUACCUGAGUGGCCACCUGAAUCUAACUGGCCUGAAACUAUGUGUGAAAAACUUAAAAUGGAACGCGAAACAGGUCAAAGAUUAAACAUUAUUCUAGUUGCUGAAGGUGCUAUGGAUAGAGAAGGCAAAGCUAUUACUGCUGAACUGGUGAAAACAAUUAUUGUCGAUAACCUUCAACAAGAUACAAGAGUUACUGUCCUGGGUCAUGUUCAAAGAGGAGGCAGUCCUUCAGCGUUUGAUCGAAUUUUGGGAUCUAGAAUGGGUGCCGAAGCAGUUUUAGCUUUGCUUGAAGCAACACCUGGAUCAGAAGCUGUUGUAGUAUCAUUAGAUGGUAAUCAGUCAGUUCGUGUUCCUUUGAUGGAAUGUGUAAUGAAGACAAAAUCUGUUGCAGAAGCUAUGGCAAAUAAAAAGUGGGAAGAUGCUGUAAAUUUGCGUGGAAGGAGCUUUGCUAGUAAUUUGUUGACUUAUAAAAUGUUAACAAGGCUGAAACCUCCUGAAGGUGCACUUGAUGCUUCUGGACUUGCAAAAGCCAAAAAAGUGUAUGCUGUCAUGCAUGUGGGAGCUCCUUGCUGUGGCAUGAAUGCUGUUGUUCGUUCUUUUGUACGAGCUAUCAUGUUUAAAGGAGAUACUGUAUUAGGAAUCCAUGAAGGUUUUGAUGGUUUAAUUUCUGACAAUAUUCAAGAAAUGCAAUGGGCAGAAGUGGCUGGUUGGGUUGGACAAGGAGGUGCAUUUCUAGGCACGAAAAGGACUCUGCCUGAAAAAGUUAUGGAUCAAGUUGUUGCACAGCUUAAAAAAUAUAAAAUUCAAGGUCUUUUAGUGGCUGGAGGUUUUGAAGCAUAUCAUUCUGUUUUACAAAUGGCUGACCAAAGAAGCAAGUAUCCUGAAUUGUGUAUUCCUAUGAUUGUAAUUCCAGCAACAAUAAGCAAUAAUGUGCCUGGAACAGACUUCUCUCUUGGUUCAGACACUGCUUUAAAUGAAAUUACAGAGAUUUGUGACCGUAUUCGACAAAGUGCUCAAGGCACAAAAAGAAGAGUAUUUGUAGUUGAAACGAUGGGUGGCUAUUGUGGGUACUUAGCUACAGUAGCUGGUCUUGCAGGAGGUGCUGAUGCUUCAUACAUUUUUGAAGAGCAUUUUUCCAUCAAAGAUUUGAUUGGCGAUGUGUAUCAUAUGCAGGCAAAAAUGGCUGAGGGUAUUCAAAGGGGCCUUAUAUUGAGAAAUGAAAUGGCUAACAGCAAUUAUACUACAGAUUUCAUUUUUCGGUUGUACUCAGAAGAAGGAAAAGAUAUAUUCAGUACAAGGAUGAACAUUUUGGGCCAUAUGCAACAGGGAGGUUGCCCUUCCCCAUUUGAUCGUAAUUUUGGAACCAAGCUAGCUGCAAAAGCAGCAGAUUGGUUAAUUAAACAAGUGGAAGCUAAUGUCAAAUGUGAUGCACCUGAAACUGCUGUUUUAUUAGGUCUUGUAAAGAGACAAUACAAUUUCACUCCUGUUCAAAAUCUCAGGCAAGAAACAGAUUUUAGGUAUCGCAUUCCUAAGCAUCAAUGGUGGUUGCACUUGAGAGCCCUUCUUCGAGCCUUAGGGACCCCAGUGUCUUAUCUUGUAAAAUCGGGCAUUACCCCUUCAUUGGCUGAUGUAGAAAAGCCAGUAGAAGAACAUGUUGAUGAAGUUGCUGCUAAUCAGUGAAAUAGUUUUGGGGAAAGAUUUAAUAUACUAAUAUAUUGUUCUUUUUACUUUGAGAUACAGUGAAGGUUAUUGAUUUUGGUAUCUUGAUGUAAUUUCAAUUCCUCCAAAAUCAUUUAUUUAAGCUUGAAAAAUGUAGAGGAUAUAGAUACAUCUUAAUAUUUUAAAACUUAUUUUGAUGUAAAAAUUCUGAAUCUCCAUGUUAAAUAUUUCAACUAAGUUUUUUGCUUUUAAAAUUGUCUUUUUAAAAUGUGAGUUUAUACAUGCAUCAAUUCUUUUGUGAGUGUUUAGUAUCACAUACUUUACUGCUAUUCUAUCUUAUAGAAUUUUUUGAGUCUUUGAAAAUAUAUAUGCAAAUGCAAUCAAAGUAUUAUACUUUUCUCAUGGGAUGUUUUUCACUUUGUUGCUCUUUGUUUCUUUAUGUGCAUAUGUCUUUUUAUUGUGCAAUCCAUCAAAUUCACUUUUUUCCUAUAUGUUUUUUUUCAUGUAGUGUAAAGAGAAUGUUUCUUUGUUUAAUUUGCACUUUUAGUGCUUCAUAGAUUUGUUUGUUUUAAAUAUUUCUGUUUGUGAUAAAAGUUGAAUCAGUUGAAGAAUUAGAAAUCAUGUACUGAACAAAUUUUAUUUUAAUUUUGUGAGAGAAAAAAAGGAGCAGAGCUGUUGUAUACUGUGCUGUGAUAUUUUUUUUAGAGAUAAAUGAAACUUAUGACUGGUAUUUUGUAAUAAAAAUGUGUGAAAAGUUUUUGAAACUCAAAAUAUUACAAGAAAAAGUACUAUUUUUUAAACCUUUUUUUCUGUACUUUGAAAUAAUUAGAUUUAUAAUUAUAAUUUAUUGAAAUGUUUAAAAAAGUCUUUCUCUGUUAUUAGUUGUUACUGUCAACUGUCCAGUUCUAACUUUAAAAAAUUUAAUUCGAAUUAAAAUUUAGAAAAAAAAUUUCUCUCUCUCUCUUUUAACUAAAAGUUAAGUGUUUACAGAGAACCUCAUGAAACACACAUAUUUUGGGAAAAGUUGUUUGUCUAAAUAUUGUCCUGUAGGAAGGGAGAUUAGAUCUAGUCUGUUUUUAAAGAUACUUGUUAUGAGUAGGAGGUAUUAUGAUUUUCUUUCUUGCUAUCCCUAUGCCUGUUGUUAUCCCAAAAUGAAAGUUUGUAGUUUCUGCAUUGUUAUUUAAUUUGUGAUACUGUUUACAUACAAUUGGAAUCCAAUCAAGUAUUAAUCCCAGUUGUAGGUUGUAUGUUGUUUACCUUUCAUAGAUCUCAAUUUGUAAUUGAAAUAAUGUUACUGUACUCUCCCAAAGAUGUUUCAUUAUUGUACUUUAGUAUUUCAGUCGUUUGCGUUAUUGAAAACUUUCAUCUAUCUUAUUUACAAAAAUUAAUUAUUAUUUGUUAAAACAAAAAAACUAACAUUUAAUAAUGUGCUGUGAAAAUAAUUGUUGUAUUUUUAACUUCUCUAACUCUUCUAAACUUGUUUGGUGCUAGAUAUCUUCCAAGUUUGUUUUGCAAGUUUAGAUAAAUAUUGAAGGCCUUUUUUUUUCUUCUGCAUAUAUAUAAAGGACAAAAUACUUGUUCUGUUUUAGGGAAGGAAAUUUCUUUGAAGUUGCUUCAAAUUUCCGUUUCCUUAUCCAAAUUUUAAAAGUUCUAUCAUUAGUUAGAGACCUGUUUUGCUUAAUUCAAAAACUUCUUCUGUAAUUUUUCCCAUUUCCCAAUUGUUGCAUGAUUUUAAAAAAGACCUAGAUGAACGAUUGUACUACAGUUGUGCCUUGGUUUUCGCUGAAGUCAAUUGUAAGAAGAAUUCCAAAAUUCUUAUUUCUUUUCAUGUAAUGUUUGUUAUUAGUUAGUUUUUUUUUAUCUUGGAUAGUUUUAAAAAGCAAUGCUGGGAGGGAGCUCACUGGAUGUUAAUCUGCAAUACCAUGCUGCGCCAAUGUGUAACAAGAUCGUAGCUAAUGGGAUAUAUUUUGAUAACGAUUUAUGUGGGAGCAUUUUUAUUUGCAUUUUGUAUUUCAGUCAAGCUUUUUUGUAAAAUAAAGUUGAUUUUACAUAGUAUUUUAUCUUUCCUGAUGGUCACAGUGCAAUUGCAAUGUCAUGAUCAAGUUUCUGACCCCCAAUUCCUGUCUGAUUUAGGCGUGAACUUUUGAACUUCCCUGUAUAAAAAAAUUUCCUACACUUAUAAUGUACUGUGUAAGCACUCAUUUUUGUGAGCCGUAAUUUUUGGGAAGUCGAAGAUAUGUAUCAAUGUUUCCCCAAGCUAAACAUUUUGCGAAUUUGAAAUGAACAGCAUCGAAAGUUGGUUAAAAAAAAAAAAUCCAAGGCUUAAGUUUUUGCAACUACGGCAGGCUCUCAAAAAUAAGUGUUGUUACAAUUCGUAAAUUAAACUCUAAUAACUUUUUUUACAAAAUAGCUUAAGAUUUCAAUAUUCAUAUUGAAUUGUUAAACAUAUAUUUAAAAAUAUUUUUUUCAUUCUUAAAAGUUUCAGCGAUUGUUUCUAUUUGACAUGCAAUUUGUUGUGUAAAAUUGUUUUAAUAUAUUGUAAAAAUUAAAAUUUUUUUUUCAGCCAUGAAUUACCUUUGAAACAAUGGUGGUUGCGGCUCAGACUUCUAAGCAAAUCUCUUGCUGGCUUUAUUUAAACUUUGUGCAAAAAAUCUGAGCCAUAUAAAAAGUUUUAAAAGACAUUUGUGCCUUAACUAUAAAUUAUUUUAAAUGUUCGAUUUCUGAUAGAGCUGAAAUAAAUUCUUCUCAUUCAAGAAAAUUCAAGUAAAAUUUUCGUUUUUUUUUUUACUUGAAGUGCACAACAUUUUUAAAGAGCGUCAACACUACUUUUAUGAAACAACUUUUUAAAAAAUAAGUUUGCAAAGAGUUAGUUCUGGUUGAAAUUAUUUGCUUUGUCUAAUGUUGCAACUUGAUGAUUGUUUUCCUGUUGUAUACCAGAAAUGUUUACAGCAUUUGGAAUUCCAAUCGGCAGAAAAAACAGGUAAGUAAUGGGGAAACUAAAGUGAAAAGUUUUUUUUCAUGCUACAACAAGCAAGAUAAGAUUUUUGUUUUGAUUUUUUAUUUUUGUAAAAUACUCUAGGGGACCCUGUGACCUUUCCCCUCUUUGUAGGUAUAAGGGUUAAUAUUUAGACUGAUGUAGGACUAAUGACUAAGUGGUUAAAUUACAACUCAAACAUGCUCAUAUUAUGAAAAAUCAGAAAGUUCCAUUAUGUAAAUCAUGUCCGUAUUAUUCAGUUUAUUGAACAACAGACUACAAGAGGGAUAACACAGGUCCCCUCUGUCUUUCUAGUGUCAAAUGAAAUGUAAUGUCCUUAGUAUUGAGUUGUGAUUUUUUUUAUCCUUAACCGUACAAUAUGAAUAUUUGUUUUUGAAAACUGAAAGUACCUCGUUAUGAUCAUAGCUGGUGAAAUGGUUAAACUAAAAUAUUAAUUUCACAAUAAAACUAGGAGUACAAGUAAUCUUUCUUUAACUAUUUUAUAGUUUUGUUGUGUUGUGCAAUCAAUUUACGUUUUGGAUAUUUUUGAUCAACUUUUUAUUGCCCUAGUCAGUGUUUACUUGUGUUUUUAGUUUUUAAUGAUGUUGUUGUUUUGCGGUUCUGUUUGCUAUUGAAUCAUUUAAUCCAAUCUGUUGUUUUGAUUUUUUUUUUUUUUAUUUAUCUUGAACUGCAGUUAUUUCAAAAUAGUCAUUGUUUUAUAAGUUUUUGAACAGAAAGUUUAUACUAUUGUUACUUUUAUGACUGAUAGUCGAGUUAGAAAAGUAUAUUCUCUUUUGUCAUACAAAAGAUGCUUUAAAUACCGGACACCAUAAAUGUUAGUAAAAAGCUUUAUAUAUUUUAAUGUUUUGUGAUUUUUAAAAUAAACAGUUUUUACAUUUAAAUAAAGAAAUGCUUUAAACUUAUAAAUGGUAUAGUUUGCACAAAAUUUUAUUUUCUUUUGUCUAUUUGCUAUUAUUUAGAUAAGAUCAAAUAAGCAAUAAUUACACUUAAAUUACUCCUUAAUUUACAUGAAUUUAUAUUCGCGAUGUUGCUAUAAUUGAUGAAUACAGAUGUACUUUUCAUGCUCAUAAUUAUUCAGUUACUAGAUUGAUCUGAAAAAAAAGGCACAAGGAUCGAAAGUGUACUCAGUUCUUUUUGAAGUGAAGCUAUUAAAUACAUGUAUUUAUUGUUGAACAAUAAAAAGGUUGCUGAAGAA